AUACAGAGCGCCCUCGAAGAGAAUUUUCAGUUUGGGUUCCAACGUCGCGUUGACUUCAACAAUAAAGUGUAUUUCAUUUCUUCUCCGCUUCAAUUUUUGCGAUAUCAAAACCAAAAUGAGUUCUGGUAAACAUUUGGGCAAAGGUUCUGCCAAGCCUGUCCUGCCAGAGGAUGGACUCCUCCGCCUGUUUUCCAUGAGGUUCUGCCCCUAUGCCCAGCGAGCCCAUCUCGUCCUGAAUGCCAAGAAGGUUCCCCAUCACACCGUUUACAUCAAUCUCACCGAAAAACCAGAAUGGUUGGUGGAUGUCAGCCCGCUGCUAAAGGUUCCCGCCCUCCAGUUGGUGGAGGAGAAGGAUCAGCCCUCACUUAUCGAGUCGCUGAUUAUUGCCGAGUACCUGGACGAGAAGUACGCGGAGAAUCCGCUCCUGCCUAAGGAUCCGCUGAAGCGGGCCCAGGACAAGAUCCUGUUGGAGCGCUUUAACGGCAUCACAAGUGGCUUCAUGAAGAUCCUAACGCAGAACACCGGUUUGGAUGAGUUCUGGACGGCGCUGGACAUCUUCGAGCAGGAGCUGACCAAGCGGGGCACACGCUUCUUUGGCGGCGAUAAGCCCGGAUUCGUGGACUUCAUGAUCUGGCCUUGGUUCGAGCGCCUCUCCGUGAUCGAGCUUAAGUUGGGGCAGGAGUACAGCUUCGACGAGAAGCGCUUCCCCAAAAUAACCCAGUGGAUUGCCCUUCUGAAGGAGGAUGCGGUGGUCAAGUCCUUCUAUGCCACUCCCGAGCAUCAUAACGAGUUCUGGAGGACCCGCAAGGCCGGCAAUGCCAACUACGAUCUGCUGGCUUAGAUCAGUACCUAAAAUUAAUUAAAAAUGCAAGAGAUUUAAAUAUUUUACUAUAAUAAUAUAAUUAAAAAAUAAUUCAUAAAAAAAUA